AUGAAGUCGAUGAUAAUUAUUGUUGUUAUUUUCACUUUGAAUUCUUGUUUUGCUGAACAGUUACUUGGUGGAUGGUCUGUUACUACUGACGAAACACUCAAACAAGAUUGUUUAAGUCAAGCUUUGGCACAAAUUCAAGGUCAGAAAGUGACUGAUGCGGAAAAAUUAGUUUCGGAUAAUGUUUGUCAAACUCAAAUUGUCAAUGGUCUCAAUAUUAAAUGUACUUUUGUUUUAAAUGGGCAACCUUGGAAAUGUUCAUUUUAUAAAUCAUUCAUCGGAACAAAAGAAACAAAACUUGAAGGAUGUGAAGAAGUUAAGCCACAAAAUUCCGAAGAUAUUUGA